AUGGCAAACCCAAGAGUGGAAGAACUGCCAGACGAUGAGCCUGAUACUAAGAAGGGCGGCGUGACUGCUGAAGAUGCUGAUAGCUCGUCCGACUCCGAAAUCGACGCGGCUGGCGCGAACGAGGGUGAACCAACCAUACCAGCUGGAUCAUCCGUUGCAGUUCAUAGCCGCAACGAGAAGAAGGCAAGAAAAGCAAUCGGAAAGUUGGGCCUGAAGCAUGUUCCAGGUAUAACUCGCGUCACCCUGAGAAGACCAAAGAAUAUUCUCUUCGUCAUCAACCAACCUGAUGUCUACCGUUCUCCUUCGAGCAAUACCUGGAUUAUCUUUGGCGAAGCCAAAAUUGAAGAUCUAAACUCGCAAGCUCAAGCAAACGCUGCCCAACAGCUCGCCGCAGCAGAGAAUGCCAACUCUGGGGACCAUGCCGGCCAUGAUCAUGCCGGCCAUGACCACGAUCACGGAAAGGGCAAAGAGGAAGCCAAGAAGCCCGAAGAGGAUGACGAUGACGACGAGGAAGUUGAUGAUACUGGACUGGAAAGCAAGGACAUUGAGCUUGUGAUGACCCAGGCCAAUGUUUCGAGGAAGAAGGCUGUCAAAGCUUUGAAAGAGAACGGGAAUGACAUAGUCAAUUCUAUCAUGGCAUUGAGUGUAUGA